AUGAGCGUGUGCGCCUGCAGCGCUUCAUACCUGCGGAGGUGGCUGCUGACGGCUCUGUUGUUCUUGGCCGCCGCUGCGCCGCCGACGAGCGGUGAAUGCCCCGGCUCAUGCGCCUGCUAUGUUCCCACUGAAGUUCACUGCACCUUCAGAUACCUGACCGCAAUACCUGACCACAUCCAGCCAGCUGUGGAAAGAAUUAACCUCGGGUACAACAGUAUAACUGUCCUGAGAGAAGACGAUCUUUCAGGACUUGAUAACUUGGAGCUCUUGAUGCUGCACAGCAACACUAUCCACAGUAUAGAGGACAGAGCCUUCAAAGACCUCAAGUCUUUACAGGUCCUAAAGAUGUCCUUUAAUAAAGUUAAGAAAAUCAGCAAAGAGACAUUUAAAGGCCUGGACAGUGUGCUGAGACUCCACUUGGACCACAACCACAUAGAGUUCAUCAGCCCAGAGGCUUUCUAUGGCCUUACCAACCUGCAGUUGGUCCAUCUGGAGGGUAACCACCUCCAGCAGCUACACCCAGACACAUUCAUCACACUGAGACACAGCCAGGUGUUCAAGGUGUCCUCAGUAAAAAACAUCCACCUGUCAGACAACUUCCUCACCGCUCUGCCAGCAGAAAUUUUCUCAGGCUGCAGCGAGUUAGAGAAUGUCUUCCUCCAUGGCAACCCGUGGACAUGUGAUUGCCGGAUGAAGUGGUUCUCAGCAUGGGCACAGAGGAACACAGGUGUGCUGAAAUGCAAGCGAGACCGGAGAUAUGCUAGAGGCCAGCUGUGUCCUGUUUGUGAAAAUCCUGCCCCUUACCACAACAGACCUCUAUCCCUUCUCCCCGAUGAUGCCUUCACUUGUACCAAACCCUGGAUUCAACCCCAUCUUAAGAAGAAAAACAUCAGCUUGGAUGAGGGGGACUUUACUCCAGUCUCCCCCAAAGACUUUAUUGCCCCAUUAGGCUCCAUACAAAUGAACUUGACUAACCAGUUUCACAAUGAUGCAAGUCUGUCCUGCACUGUCCAGAGGCCCUCUGCUUUUGAGAACCUGACACAAACAUUGGAGGAGGUGGAGGGAAACAAUGUCACCUUACUUACUGCUGACAUAACCACAUAUUUAGUGUGUAAUAUUGACUAUGAACAUAUACAGCAGCUUUGGCAGAUUCUGGCCACCUAUAGUGACUCUCCUAUGAGACUGGAGAGAGGCUUUAUGCUGGCCAGAAGCCCAGAAAUGGUGUACAGGUAUAGUGAGCUGAAAACAAAAAAAGGAGAGGAGGGAAUUAACACAAACAUCGUGGCUGACAUUAAAUCCUCACCCGCAUGGUUGAUGCAGGGGGAAGUGAGCUUCCAGCUAGACCGCACUACUACCACCUACUCUACUCUGCACAUUAAGUACCAGUCUGUGGUCAGCUUACGUCUGGAAAACACAUCCCCUAAAAGAGAUCGCUACUCCUGGACCAUGAUCAAGCGAGAUAAUCAAACCAAGACUGAGCACACUGCAGUUACAGGGGGUGUGAUACAGCUGAGCUGUCAAAUCCAGGGUGAACCAAAGCCACUGUUGGAAUGGAUUUUACCUGAUGGAAGUAAGGUCAGAGCUCCUUUCUCCAGUGAGGACAGGAGGAUCAUAAUCACUGCUGAAGGAAAGCUCACUCUACGGGGUGUAGAUGCCUCAGACACAGGCAGCUACCGGUGCAUUGCCACAAACUACUUGGAUGCGGAUAUCCUUACCUUUCGAGUUACAGUUCUGUCCCCUGAUGUGGAAGAAACUGAGGUCAAUGGUAUCCAACUCUCAAGACCACUGGGUGAAAAUUUGGUUUUUGACUGCAGCUCCUCAGGGAGCCCUAAGGCUUCGGUGCAGUGGAUACUGCCUGAUCAUUCAGUAGUGGACACAUCUCAUGGCAACAGGAAAGUGUAUGAAAAUGGCACAUUGCUGAUUCAGGCACUCACAGAGAGGGACAGAGGAUUUUAUAGGUGUUUGGUUGCAAAUCAUCUGGGUGUUGACCUGCUCGUCUCGCAGGUGACAGUGACCGAAGGAAGGACUGAGACAGUAACCGUUUUGCACAGUGAGGGAUCAGGGACAGAGAUGGAAGACGAGGUUCACCCUCGCUUGCCUGAAAACACGGUCGCCCUCAAUGAGGUCCCCUCCUCCAGUCCCUCUGACAGAACUAGUCAGGAAUCCAGGACUGUCACCUCUGAUCGACCUUACCCCAAACACAGAUCACAAGGUAGAGGAGGCGCUAGAGGUAGAAUGGGACAGAGAAGGAGAGGACCAGUUGGCAACAGACGAAUUUGGAGUAGUAGGGUCUUUGAUAAAGCUUCCAGGAGAGUGGACCCCCAGAAAUUUGCUGAAUUGAUGAAAAAGGCUCAGGAUGGAUCAAGAGUAAAGACUGGCACAGAAUCAAACACUGGUCUUUCUGGUGAUGGGGAAAUUGGCUCUGGUGAGGAUCACAAUGAAGAUCAUCUCAUUAUUGUGCCGGGGACCAGUGAACGAACAACAUAUAAUCGUGGGAGAGGUAGAAUAUUUGGGCAAGAGAACAAACAAUCUGAAACUAUAAUACAGAGCGGAAAACAAAGUAAUGUAGCAACAACAGUGUCAUAUAUGCAGUCAGAUUCUACACCAAUCAAGUACACAUUCACAAACUAUCCAAAAGGAAGGAGUGAAAGUCAAAGUGAUGCAGUAACGCCAUAUAAUACAAUUUCACACAACACAGAUCUGCCUAGUUUUGAUGAGACCUCUGAAUUUUAUGCCUUGGAAAGAAGUACCAAGCCAGGCUUUAACAUGCGCCCAGUCACUCUCCAACUUAGUGUCACAGACUCCUUGCAAGAAACUCAGCUCCAUUUCUCAGGAGAACAACCUCCAGAACCAGACACAUCCACUUGGGCAUCACUCUCAUUUACCACAGACCCUAAUGUCACUCCAAUGAGGGAUGGUCCAGGCCAGGUAGUCGUUCACACUUCCACGGACCCAGAAAGCCAGACGACAUUCACAGCCGUUACCACCACAGAGAGACAGCAAGAUGAAAUAACCUUCCACACUACCCAAACAAUCAAAUCCCCUCACCUGCCUGCGGGAUCCACCAUCAUCUCCCGGCAGCAGAUCCAUAUCAUCCCACACAAGAAUGGCAGAGGAGGGGGCCGCAGGAGGACCUUCCAAGGCCGCAGGAGGAUCAUCAAGCCCAACAGGAUCACUGACAUACAGUCCAUCAUCAAUAAACUUAAGCAGCCCUCAGUGAAGAAGGAAGGGAAUGCAACAGUGCCAUAUAGGAUUGAACUUACCACAGACUGUUGUGAUAAAUACAAAAAGGUGACAAAUCUGCAGAUGGUCAAACCAACAGCAUCAUCAGGUUCAUCUUUAGAGGGAACAGAAAGACCUGCCUCUACACAAAAAACUGCAGCUUCUACAACGAACUAUUACAUCACUUAUAAGGCCCCCUUCACCCAGACAGAGUCAAGGCCAGAGGUUUCCAGUGGCUACAUCACCUCUGCUGAUGCUCCUGAGUUUGACCCCACAAUUGAUCCAUUUUUGACCACAGAUAAAGAGCCGUUGGUCUCAUCAACAGCGGCCACUACUACAACUGCCUCCAAGGUUAUUCGUGGAAGAAUACCAUGGAACAGACUGUUUGGAAGCAGAGAGAGAGAAAGGAUAAUGGGCAGGCUAAGAAAACCUUUCAUCACCCCAAAAACUACAACUACAACAACAACUGAAACUACAACGACCCUAACCACAACCCCUGCUGCUGUGCCCACAACCACUGCAAACUCAGUGGCUGAACCUGAGACUCUGUCUCCAUCAAGACACACAGGAAACAAAGAGGACUCCAUUAAUGAUGAUUAUGGAGAUUUGUCUUCUGCAGAUUUUGAGUUUACAACAUCAGGCCCCAGCACUUACCACCUGACGACUACCAGUUCAUCAUAUUACUCAAGGUCUACCACCACCGCUGAAACGCUGCCAGAGUCACAGGCUCUACCUUCCCCAUCGACUGUCAAACCACCUACAGUUGAAAAUCCAGAUGAAGCCAUAUCAUCUGGGUCUGGAGGACUACCUGAUAAUUGGCUUGUAGUCAGACAGAGGCCUGGUGGGACAAGAGGAAGGCAAGGGCGCAGAAGGAGGCCCUUUAUGGGUAGGAGACCCUUUAAGAGACCUGGAAUCACCAAAUUACCCCCAAGUACCACAACUGAGACUUUAACUACAGAGGUAACAACAAUGGAAACUGCAAUGGAAACAACCACACUACCACAACAUACUGUUUCAUUCUACAAGCCCCUGUACACGCCAUCAAGGAAAGAGGACAGAACUGUGAUAACUGUUUCCACUGAUGAAACAUCAAAAGAAGAGGAAGACUUAUAUGAGGAAUCUGAGUGGAGCACAUUGAGCAGUGUUCUCACCUAUACUACAACAAGGACGUCUGCAAUCCCCUCACCGACACUCUCCCCCACCACUACAUUCAAGCCAACUAUGACAAAAGGGCCUUACACAACAGUUUGGACCAGAGUCCACAGCAAUGUUAGACCACCGUCACAGAGGUACAAUGGUCACAACACUCCUAGGCCAGCAAUCAGGAGAAUCAGACCCACUGUGCAGAGCAGUGGUGUUAGAGGCAGUGCCGGUAAUGGAUUUUCUUUCGACUCAAUGACCAUUCUUAGAGCUGAGCAAGGAUAUACCAACACCCGGGCACCAUAUAACAACAUUGGCAAUCCAUCUGUAUUGAGUGUCAAUGUUGCUGAUUUUGAACCCACCACAAAGGUCAUGACAAGCAAACCUAGGAUAGUUGGAGGCAAUGCAGCCAGCUUCACUGUGUUAUCCAAUUCAGAUGCUUUCCUGCCAUGUGAGGCAGUUGGAAACCCCCAGCCAACGAUAACUUGGAAACGCUUCUCAUCAAGCACAGGAAACACCAUUACCAUGAAGGGGAGGAUGGGUAAGUUUGAGGUGCUGAACAAUGGCACCCUGUUGAUCCAGAAUGCCAACAUUAAGGACCGUGGCCAGUACCUCUGCCUAGCUGAGAAUGAUCAUGGAUCAGAUAAACUUCUUGUCACUGUUUCAGUAGUGGCCUACCCCUCACGCAUCCUUGAGCCAAAAAUGCGUGAGAUAAAGUCUUAUGCAGGAAACACUGUGGAGAUGAAAUGUAAAGCAGAGGGUCGGCCCACACCCAUGAUAUCCUGGAUCCUGGCUAACAGAACCCAGGUCAGGGGACAGACCACAGAGAAGGGAAGGGUAUCGGUAUCUGCUGAGGGGACUCUGGUCAUUGAGCAGGUGUCUGUUUAUGACAGAGGUCAUUACAAAUGUAUUGCCAGUAAUCCAGCUGGAGCUGAUACUGCUACAGUCCGACUGCAGGUGGUGGCAGCUCCACCAGGAAUCCUGGAGGACAAACGACAGCAGGUGAAAGCUGUUGAGAGCCAGACCUUAUGGCUACCCUGCACUGGCCAAGGCAGUCCUCAGCCAACCAUUCACUGGGUCCUCCAUGACGGGUCAAUUGUGCGAUCUAAGAGACCUAUCAGUAACGCAAGGAUAUCAGUGUUUGAGAAUGGAACCCUCCUCAUUAAGGAUGUUACUCAAACAGACAGCGGAAAAUAUGAAUGUAUUGCUACCAGCUCUACUGGCUCAGAGAGAAGAGUGGUGACUCUGACAGUAGAGAGGCAAGUGUCUGCGCCUUUGAUAGUGGAGACUUCCAAGCGUAUGACAGAGUUGUUCUUCGGAGACCAGCUGAGACUAAACUGUUCAGCUACAGGAGACCCUAAACCCAGGAUCAUUUGGAGGCUGCCUUCUAAAGCUGUGGUGGACCAGUGGCACAGGAUGGGCAGCAGAAUUCAGGUCCUGGAUAAUGGUACACUUACUGUUAGCUCUGUGAGUGAUAAAGAUGCUGGAGACUAUAUCUGUGUGGCACGAAGCAAAAUUGGUGACGAUCUCCAGCUCAUGAGAGUGGGUGUGUCAAUGAAGCCAGCCAAGAUAGAGCCUAAGCUCCAUGGAAAGAAGCAGGUUCUGUACGGUAAAGACUUGAAAGUUGACUGUAAAGCCUCAGGAUCACCAAAACCAGAGAUCUCCUGGGGUCUACCAGAUGGUACAGUGGUCAACAGCGCUCUUCAGUCUGAUGCCAGCAGUGGAGGAGGGCGAGCACGACGCUAUACACUUUUUGAUAAUGGAACUCUCUACCUAAACCAGGUUGGUAUUUCAGAGGAAGGGGACUACACCUGCUAUGCUGAGAACCAGGGGGGCAAGGAUGAAAUGAUUGUACAUAUCAGUGUGCUGACUGCUGCCCCCAGGAUACGUCCACCCAGCCAUACCUACACCAGGGUGAAGCCUGGAGGGAACAUACGCUUUGAUUGUGAAGCACUUGGGGAACCCAAACCCAAGAUCCUUUGGAUGCUGCCGACCAACGAUGUAAUUGCAGCAUCAAAUGAAAGGUACCUGAUGCAUGUCAAUGGCUCACUUGACAUCAGAAAUGUGAAGGUUAUGGAUGGUGGGAAUUAUAUUUGUAUGGCUCGCAACCCCGCUGGAGAAAACAGAAAAGUCUACAAGCUUGAUAUAGACGGGAAUCCACCAGUGAUCAAUGGCUACCAGCAGAACAGGACAGUAAUCAAAGAUGUAGCUGUUAAAUUUGCAAGGAAAUUAAUAGACUGUAAAGCAGAGGGCAAUCCCACUCCAAGUAUCACUUGGAUUAUGCCUGAUAACAUCUUCCUGACAGCACCAUACUUUGGCAGCAGGAUUAAUGUCCACCACAAUGGGACAUUAGAGAUUCGUAAUGUGCGGCCGACUGAUACAGCAGAGUUCAUAUGCAUGGCAAGGAAUGAUGAAGGGGAGGCAGUAAUGGUGGUGCAGCUGGAGGUGAGCGGCACGCUCCGAAGACCGAUCUUUAAGAACCCCUUCAACGAACGUAUUGCGUCUCGGAACGGGAAAACCACAGUAUUAAACUGCUCUGCUGAUGGACACCCAAUGCCUGAGAUCAUUUGGACCUUGCCUAAUGGCACUCGGUUUACCAGUGGACCUGACCGUGGGCCUCGCCACCACCUCGGCAGUGAGGGGACUUUAAUCAUCUACAAUCCAAACAAAGAGGAUGCAGGGAAGUACCGCUGUGGUGCCAGGAACAUUGUGGGCUACAUAGAGAAGCUAAUAAUUCUUGAUGUUGGUCAGAAGCCUUACAUCCUGACAAGGCCUAGGGGCAUCAUACGAAGUGUGUCUGGAGACCCCCUUUUCCUUCACUGUCUAUCUGAUGGGAGUCCCAGACCCAGAAUCUACUGGACCACACCAGAUGGCCACACUCUGACUCGGCCUCAAGUUCUUGGGCGCUAUCACUUACUACAGAAUGGUACUCUGGUUAUUCAGGACACUACUCUACACGACCGAGGGAACUAUGUGUGCAGGGCUCGCAACGAUGCUGGGGAGGCUGUGCUCACUGUCCCUGUUGUCAUCAUCGCAUAUCCUCCUCGGAUCACUGCAGGACCACCUCCUAAUGUGAAGGCAGUGACCGGGACACCAAUCCAUCUCAACUGUGCUGCCACUGGCAUUCCCAAGCCAGAGAUCACUUGGGAGCUGCCUGAUCGCUCAGUUCUGUCAGCGGCAGAACAGGGUCGGCCCAUGGGUAGCGAACUGCUUCAUCCACAGGGCACACUUAUCAUUCAGAGACCCACAAUCUCAGACUCUGGCACAUACAAGUGCCUAGCCAAGAACCAACUGGGUACAGACUCAAAGGCCACAUAUGUACGUGUACUGUGAGAAAAAGACAUGUUUUCUCACAUGUGGAUUUGUGAGGAUCCCAGCUUGUGGAAUAUUAUUAAAUAGGUGACAAAUGUGGAUUAAAAAAAUAAACAGUUCCCAAGAAGAGAAGAGAAACAGACAUUUUUAAGGGAAAAUUAUGUGUUUUUUUAAACUGGAAAACCCAGCCUGGAGCUAAAAAGUUGUUAUUAUAACUUUGGAACUGGGGGUCUGGAAAUUCAGAGGUGGUUCUCAUUUGGCAUGGUUCUCAUGGGAGAAAAAGGGCCAAUGCAUGGAGUCAAACUGUAAAUGAUUUCUCUGAGCAGGCGUUGCUGGCCACACAUAGGGAUACUAUUACAGCAUAUAGACUGAGAGGGAGAAAUUUGUGUAAUAGACUGAUUGAAAGAAAAAAACACUCCCAGGAGGAGUUUAAUUCCCUUUAGACAUUUUCCUGAAGUUGUUGCUGCCAUAACAUGUUGCUUUGUCCUUUAACAGCAAAUGAAAAAGACAGCAGAUGGAGUAUAUAGUAUCAUGUCUUUCAAGAGCAAGUCAUUGGAUUUUGUGGAAGAUAAGAUUUUUAUUAAAAAAAUAAUGAGGCUUGUUUUACACUGGAUACGUAUUGACAUGGACAGUACAGGGCUUUCAUGCCCGAAUUACAUCAGAUUUCUUAACUAUAUGUUUUAUAUUUUAAUGAGUUUAAAGCAGAUUCCUUUAUGUCUAUCACAGUGCAGUCCAUUGGUCCAAAAUACUAAAUCAGUCUAUUGUGUUGUACACAAGAAUUUACAGUAAUGUUAUACAUUAUGCUAAUCUGUAAUAAUACAGUAUAUGUUUAUCUGUUUGUAGUAUCUACUUUAUCAAAAUAUGGGAGAAAAAUGACAUUACAAAGUGAAUUCUGCUCAUGUCUUUUUAAUGUUUUUAUUGUACAAUUUGAUGCGUUUCAUGUACAUAAAGAACAGUACAUGAUUGUUGAAGGUGCAGAGGAUUGGCUAUACUGGAAUGCUAGUAUAAUGCUGUUGUAAUGAAGGUCAUUAGGAUUAUCCAGUUGUACCUACAGGAGGAGGUCAUGGCAGUAGAAACCUUCCUGACAUACACAGUUUUAACUCUCCAGCUGUGAAAAUAGUUCUUGACCCAGCUCGUCAGUGAGGAGGACCCGCAGGGGAGCCUUUGAUAUUUGUUUGUGUUUGUGUGCUGAUUUUACUGCCCUCCUGCAAAUUGAACAGUGAGGUGUGGGAUGAUGUCAAGACAGAAAAAAGGGAACAAAGCCAUAUGUUUUUAAAUAUAUGAAUCUGUGUGUAAUUGAUUUUAUGUACUAUUCCUGUUAUAUACUAAGAAAAGAUAGAAAUAUAUUGCUACAACACAAAAAUUAAAUGAAUAAUGGUGAAUUAA